UCUUUUGCAUUUCUCUAAACACUUGAAAUUUUGCAUUAACUACUGCCGAGGCGUCUUUUUUUUUUUUUUUUUGUUUUGCUUCGCUGUUUGUUUUGAGCAUAAUUGGGGUUCAAGUUACAAAAGAUAAGGAGGAAAUUUUGAAGUUUGGUUGGACAGAGGCUCAGAGCUAGGUCGACUUGGCAGAGCCAGCCUACACUACAGUCCAAGGGCAAGUCCAUUGAGGUAAAUUCACAAUAUCUGCACAUCAUAACCAUGCGGCAAGCUCCAGCAAAGCGAAUGAAAAUCACCAUCUCUUUGCUUUGAUCCCAACCGAACACCUCCCACACAAUUAUUUGGUUUUCUCUUCUCUUUUCACUCUCAAGAAAACCACUAACCAAGAAGAAAAAUGGCUGCUCUUUCCAUUUUGAAGCUCGUCUUUUUCUGCACUCUCAUGUUCACUGUCGUUACCAUUUCAUUGCAACAGGAGCAACCUGUCCUCAAUUCGGCUGAGCAGGACUCAGUUUACCAAGUUCUCUCCUCCAUCAACUCAGCCAUCCCCUGGCGUACUCUCUUCCCUGACGACCUCUGCUCCUACCCUCCACACGGCGUCGUUUGUGAUUAUUUUACCGACCCCGCCACGAACAACGUUACGGUUCACAUCACAGAACUGAGUUUCGGCUACGUUUCGGAUUACACAGCAAACCCUCCUUGCUCUCCAAACUCCACUUUCAGCCCUCUCUUCUUCACUUCCUUCAAACAUCUACGCAAGCUUUUCUUCUAUCAAUGUUUCACCGAAACCCAAGUUUUUGUCCCUGAGAUUCCCACAACUUUCGGGUCCUCUCUUGAACAGCUUGUCUUUAUAAAUAACCCAGCUUUUGUUGGUCCUCUCAGUGGCAUCAUCCGCAAUUUCACAAGUUUGAGGAGGGUGGUUUUGACUGGAAAUGGAAUUUAUGGGAGUAUCCCAGAUGGGAUUGGUGAUUUGGUUAACCUUGAAGAGAUUACACUGUCAAGAAACAAGCUUAGUGGACAGGUUUCUGUUAGUUUGUCUAAGUUGAAGAAACUGAAAGUUUUUGACUUAAGUGGCAAUAAUUUUGGGGGAAAUGUCCCUUGUUCAGUUGGUAAUCUCACACAGCUUUUGAAGCUAGACUUGAGUUCAAAUGGGUUUUCUGGUAAAAUUCCAGGGAGCUUGAGUAACUUACAAGGUUUGGAGUUCUUGGAUUUGAGUUUUAACCGUUUUGGUAACUUUGGGAUUCCUUUGUUUCUUGCUGAUAUGCCCAGAUUGAAGGAGUUGUAUUUGAGUGGAAAUUUACUAGGAGGUGAGAUACCAGAAAUAUGGGAAAAGCUAGGGGGUAUUUUGGGGAUAGGAUUUUCUGGUAUGGGAUUGGUUGGGGGAAUUCCAGCUUCCAUGGGGGUGCAUUUGAGAAACUUGUUUUAUUUAGGACUUGAUAACAACAAGCUAGAAGGGAAAGUGCCUGAGGAAAUUGGAUUCUUGAAGUUUCUAAGGGAAAUCAAUUUGGAAAACAACAAUUUGAGUGGAAGAGUUCCUUUCUCUUCUAAAUUUACUGCUAAGGUUGGCGAAAAGUUAAGGUUAAAAGGUAAUCCAGAACUGUGUGUUGAUGAGAAAUUGAGCCAUGGUAAAAGCAUUGGCAGCAGCUUGGGAAAAUUGAAGAAAUGCAGCAAGCCAGACAUUCCCAUUCCCGUCCUCUUCAUUGGAGGUUCUAAUGCUGGGCUGUUAUCGUCUUCUUUUCAUGUUAUGUUACUGUUUUGGGGGUUUUUGAUAGUUUUAGUUUGAUUGUUUAUCAUCAAAGAUCAUGGAAAAAUACUGAUAUAUCUUA